AUGAAGCUCUUGAACCUCUUCCCAAUUCUCUCUCUGGCUACAUUAGCAGCCUCCCAUCCAGGGACCAAGACAAAGAAAGACCACGCAGGAAUUUCUUCAGGCGUUUUCUCAUCCAGCAAUGUUCCGUCACCGGUUCAGUCAUUUGUCCCCUUCGGAGCAUCUAGCACAGCCACCCCUACGUCGAGUGUCGGCCAAGCCGUGGUCAAAAAUAAUUGCGAAUUCCCCAUAUACAUUUGGUCCGUUGGAAGCACCGUUCGGCCCGUGGUGACGACGGACCCCAACGGGCAAUAUGCCGAGACAUUUCGUUAUGACUCGAAGAGUGGUGGAAUUGCGAUCAAAAUCACCACUGUGCCAGAUGGGCUUUGGCAAAGUGCUCCACUGACUAUAUUUUCGUACAAUCUGUCUGGUGAUGGGGAGGUGUGGUACGAUCUGUCAGAUAUCUUUGGUGAUCCUUUCAAGGGUUAUCCUGUCGUGCUGCAGCCAGCAGAGUCAGCGGAGCCAGCGAUAUCCUGGGAAAAUGGCCAAUCUCCUGCUGGUAGCAGUGUUCUUGUACAUAGUGCUGUGUCUGAUUUGGUAUUGACAUUGUGUUGA